AGGCCUGCAGGGGGAGCUCCGCCUAUCCUUUUUUUUCCCCGCAGCGCGCAUGCGCGGCCUAACGCGAGGCCUAGAAAUACAUUUCCCGCAGAGAGUCCGCCAUGCCGCUGGCGAAGCGUCAAACCCCGCCGGCCUCGUCGUCGUCCUCGUCCCUCUCGUCCUCCUCGUCGUCCUCGUCUUCGUCCUCCUCCGGGAUAGAGAGCCAGCGGCGAAGCCUGCCCAUCUUCCAGGCCCGAGGCGCGUUGCUAGGGCAACUGCGGAGCCUCGAGUCCGCCAUCUUGAUCGGAGAGACAGGCUCUGGGAAGACAACGCAGAUCCCGCAGUACCUGUAUGAAGGAGGCAUCGGGCGCCAGGGCAUAGUGGCCGUCACCCAGCCCCGCCGUGUGGCUGCCAUCUCCCUGGCCUCUCGCGUGGCCGAUGAGAAGAAGACUGAGUUGGGCAAGCUGGUGGGCUACAGCGUGCGCUUUGAGGAGCUCUGCUCGGAGGAGACCAAGAUCAAGUUCCUGACGGAUGGGAUGCUGCUGCGGGAGGCGCUGGGGGACCCCCUGCUGCACAAGUACAGCGUGGUGGUGCUGGAUGAGGCCCACGAGCGUAGCCUCCCCACCGAAGUGCUCUUUGGGGUGGCUAAGGGGGCCCAGCGCAGGCGCAAGGAGGCCGGCAAGACCCCCCUCAAGGUGAUUGUCAUGUCGGCCACCAUGGACGUCGACCUCUUCUCCCAGUACUUCAAUGGGGCGCCCGUCCUCUACCUGGAGGGCCGGCAGCAUCCCAUCCAGAUCUUCUACACAAAGCAGCCGCAGAGCGAUUACCUCCAAGCCGCGCUCGUCACCAUCUUCCAAAUCCAUCAGGAAGCCCCACCGUCUCAGGACAUCCUGGUGUUUCUGACGGGCCAGGAGGAGAUUGAGGCCAUGACCAAGACCUGCCGCGACAUUGCCAAGCACCUGGCGGACGGGGGGCCCCAAAUGGUGGCCAUGCCCCUCUACGCCUCCCUGCCCUACUCCCAGCAGAUGCGCGUCUUCCAAGCCGCCCCCAAGGGAUAUCGCAAAGUGAUCCUCUCUACCAACAUUGCAGAGACUUCCAUCACCAUCCCCGGCAUCAAAUACGUCGUGGAUACUGGGAUGGUGAAAGCCAAGCGGUACACUCCAGAAAGUGGCCUGGAAGUCCUGGCGGUCCAGCGGAUCUCCAAGGCGCAGGCCUGGCAACGGGCCGGACGGGCUGGGAGGGAGGACAAUGGACUUUGUUAUCGCCUUUACACCGAGGAGGAGUUUGAGAAGCUUGAGAAGAUGACCGUGCCAGAAAUCCAAAGGUGCAACCUAGCCAGCGUCGUGCUCCAUUUGUUAGCCCUGAGGGUCCCCAACAUCCUCACCUUUGACUUCAUGUCGAAACCGUCUCCAGAGGCCCUGCAGUCGGCGGCUGAACACUUGGUGCUGCUGGGCGCCGUGGACCGGAAGGAUGACCAGCUGAUCCUGACUCCACUGGGCAGGAAGAUGGCCGCCUUCCCGCUGGAGCCCAAAUUUGCCAAAACCAUCCUGACGGCGCCGCGCUUCCACUGCACGGAGGAGGCCCUGACCGUGGUCUCCUUGCUCUCGGUGGACAGCGUCCUGCACAACCCCCCUUCGCGCCGGGAGGAGGCCCAGGCCGCCCGGAGGAAGUUCCUCUCCAGCGAAGGCGACCUCCUCACCCUCCUCAACAUCUACCGGGCCUUCAAGAGCGUCAGCGGGAACCGGGAAUGGUGCAAGGAGAACUUUGUAAAUAGCCGGAAUAUGAUGCUGGUCUCCGACGUCAGAGCGCAACUGCGAGAUAUUUGCAUCAAGCUCUCCGUCCCGCUGGAGUCGUGCCGCUCGGAUACGUCGGCCCUGCGCCGCUGCCUAGCGCACAGCCUCUUCCUGCAGUCGGCAGAACUGCAACCGGACGGCACCUAUGCAGCCAGCGAGGCCCGGCAGGCGGCAGCCAUCCACCCCUCCUCGGUCCUCUUCCACUGCAGGCCGGCCUGCCUCGUCUACACCGAGCUGCUCCACACCAGCAAGUGCUACAUGCGCGGCCUCUGCCCCGUCGACCCCGAUUGGCUCUUUGACGCCGCACCCGAAUACUUCCGCCGAAAGCUCCGGGCCGCCAAGAGCUGAGCUCUGCCCAGGCCUCAUCACACAACACGGUAAUUCGGGUUGGCUAGCAAAGCAGAGGUUAAACCACCAUCCACCCGCCAUCCACUUAUCACUCAUCUAUCGGUAAUCCAGAGCUUUCCAACCUUCUCAUGUUGGGGACACACUUUGAGACUUGUUUCAUCUCGCAACACAGUCAUUUGGGUUUGCUAGCAAAGUGUGGGUUCAAUCUCUAUUCA